GGGAGGAAGCGGAAGUGUCCGAGGAGCAGCGGGCGGAGGAAGUGGUACAGCCCUUGAACACCCCGAGCCAGCCAGCGGAGCAGAGCGAGCAGCGGAGGACGACUGGAUCAAUCUCCCAUCGUUCACAGCAGAGAUCGCGAACGCUUCGACGCUCUAAAAUCGGCGAGAUGGAUAAGAGCGACCUGGUUCAGAAGGCCAAGCUGGCGGAGCAGGCCGAGCGCUACGACGACAUGGCGGCGGCGAUGAAGGCCGUGACCGAACAGAACUGUGAGCUGAGCAACGAGGAGCGCAACCUGCUGUCUGUCGCCUACAAGAACGUGGUUGGUGCCCGCCGCUCGUCCUGGCGCGUCAUCUCCAGUAUCGAGGGCAAGGCCGACUCUGGGAACGAGAAGAAGAAGCAGAUGGCCCGCGACUACCGCAUCAAGAUCGAGAAGGAGCUUGACGAUAUCUGCAAGGAUGUGCUGGAGCUGCUGGACGCUUACCUCAUCAAAAAUGCCAGUGCUGCAGAGAGCAAGGUGUUCUACCUCAAAAUGAAGGGCGACUACUACAGAUACCUGUCCGAGGUGGCGUCAGGGGACAACAAGAAAGAAACGGUGGAGAACUCGCAGAAGGCCUACCAGGAAGCGUUUGACAUCAGUAAGAAGGACAUGCAGCCCACACACCCCAUCCGCCUCGGCCUGGCCCUCAACUUCUCCGUCUUCUACUACGAAAUCCUCAACUCCCCAGAGCAGGCCUGCACUCUGGCCAAGCAGGCUUUCGACGAGGCCAUCGCUGAGCUCGACACCUUGAACGAGGACUCGUACAAAGACAGCACGCUGAUCAUGCAGCUACUAAGGGACAACCUCACUCUGUGGACAUCAGAAAACCAGACAGAUGAGGCCGAGGCUGGCGAAGGCGACAACUAGACCCAUUCCCCCCUUCACUCUUUCCACUCCUCCUUUCCUUCUUUCCUUCCUCCUGCUCUUCCUACUUCCUGCCUCCUAUGCCCUACUUCCUGCUUCCUACGCCCUACUUCCUGUCUCCUCUUCGUACGCCUCGCCAUAAGCCCCGCCCCCCCACACAUGCCCCACAUUUCCAAUUCCUUCUGUAUAACCUCCGGCAUUCAUAGCACCAUUUUAAACCUGUCUCAAUGUUAAUUCACAAGAAAAUUCCAAACCAAAAUGAGUAAUUUAAUCCCAACAUUCCUGUUUUAAUCUAAAUCUUUAACUGUUUUUCCUUCUCUUCUUGGCUUUUUGUCCCUCCUCCCCCCCACCAUACUUCCUCCUCCUUUAUAGCUAGCGUUGGUAUUAGCUCCUGUUUUUAUUUUUCUUAGUGUAACAAUUUUAUUCCACUUACAAAUUAUUAUUAAACUAUCCGGUUAUUUUCAACAAA